AUGGCCUUACAAGGACGUUUAGGACAAUGGGCCGCUCUAUUGUCGCGUUGGACACUUGAGAUCACCAAGUGUGUCAAAGGAGAGGAUGAGAUCUUGGGAACACUGGCUGCCAGUAUUACCCCUAGAUCAGAAGUGAAUACGGCGUUGAUCUCAAUCGGCCAAAAGGAGCCAAGACGUACGAUCCAAGCUCCGAUCCCCACUAUCAGACGAGAUGAGGAGCUGUAUGUCGUCAGUUUCGACGGAUCAGCCCGUGUCAAGAGAGGUGGAGGCGCCUACAGCGCGAUCUUGUGGAAGCUUCCCGUAUCAGGAUAUGCCGAAGGCUCGACGGUGAAUGAGGCGGAAUACCAUGGUCUGCUACUAUGUCUGGAUCUAACUGGGGAAGAUCUGGAUCCACAGCGUCUGGUGACCUGCGGAGACUCGAACCUGGUGAUCCGACAAGUACGAGGAGAGAUCGAUUGCAAGGCACCAGGUCUGACACUGUUACGUCAGCGAGCCUUGGAUCGACUGCGUACGUGGCCAGAUCACGGACUAUUGCACGUCAAACGAGAUUGGAACGGGAGUGCUGACAGUCUAACGAGUGCUGCUCUGCAACGGAUCGAGAUAGAGUCUGACGCGGAGAUCCAGGAUCUCAUAACGUUAAAUCGGUUGGAUGAGAUCCUGAUACUACGGAUCGAGCGGAUCCGUCAAGCGCAGGACGAGGAGUCGUGGAUCAUGGGCUUGAAGAAAUAUUUGGUCGGGGAAAUCCGAGAUCUGACCCAGAAAGAGACUAAGAUGUUUGGAUCUAUUGCUAUGAAUUAUGAAGUGGAUCAGUUGGAUCUACUCUUCUAUCGCCCGACAACUAAGAAAACUGCCGCAGAUCGAGAUAAGCUGAUGCGACUAGUGAUACCUGAGACUCUUCAACAGGACAUUUUGCACCACUAUCAUACGAGUCUGCAAGGUGGUCAUCAAGGAGUUGGUGGCACCUAUGAUCGGAUCCGUGAUCAUUUCCACUGGAGAGGUCUGUAUAAGAGUGUACAGCGAUACGUGGGGGAAUGUGUCGAUUGUGAGACAGGCAAAGGAAGACCUCGGAUCCAGGGCGAGUCGCCUGGUAACCUUCAGGCGACGUACCCAUUUCAGGUCAUUGCCAUGGAUCAUAUACCUUCAUUGCCUAGAUCCUUCAACGGCAACACUGAAUUGCUGAUCUUCGUGGAUCUACUCUCAGGAUAUGUGAUCGCCAAAGCCAGCGCCUCUAGAUCCGCUCAAACAAUCGCCGAGACCUAUGAAGAAUGUGUCUAG